UGUGAAACAAAUCAGGGACCCCUUUGAAGAGCAAUUAUUACUAAGAAAGGUCAAUUGUGUUGGCGGCAUGGAUAAAGCAUGGAUGUCUAAGUCAAGGCUGAGUGUUGAAUAUGAACAAGGAGUUAGGGAAUUCUUGGAAUUUGCAUUUUCCAAUACACUAUCAAAUCAAAUAUUGUGUCCAUGCCGAAUAUGUGUCAAUAGUGUUCUUUUGACCAAGGAUGAGGUGUACGAACAUCUUAUUAUUAAUGGUAUCCUGCAGUUAUACAAAAAUUGGUAUGAACAUGGUGAACAACCAUCAUCUUCUUCAAAUCCAAAUAUUGCACAUCAUGAUGAUUUGUCAAGCCAUGUCAAUGUGCAUGAAAUGUUGCAAGAUACAUUUGGUAUAUCAAAUGUUGACAUGGGAGAUGAAACAUCUCCUACUUCAUCUCCAGGAGGGCCGAAUAAUGAAGCUAGUCAAUUUUUUAAACUUCUUAAAGAUGCAAACAAAGAGUUGUACCCAGGAUGUUCUAAAUUCACAAAACUCACAUUUAUUGUUCGGCUUUAUCAUAUAAAGAAUCAAAGUGGAAAGGAUCCUGAGGCAAUUGGCCAAUCUCAUUUGGAAUUCAGGACUGAUUUGAUGCUUGGUUCUUUAGUUUAUCUUUUGUGUUAG